UUUUCCACUGUGGCCGCCAUUGAGUAAGGAGCGUGGUUCCAGGCGAGCCGAGACAAAACAUAUAAAAAUGGUGAGAAUUAUAGCUUCUUUCAUCAGCAAAUACCAUUUUAAUAUUAGCGAUUAAUCUAUAUUGCAAAAACAAAAGACUUCUCAAGCCAAUGUGUUUGUUAGACAAUACAAUUUAACUUAUUCUAUGGUAAUCUGAACGAAGUUUGACACGAGGAGCCGUUUUGGCUGGGCGCUGUUCAACCACAGGCCGUAUAGCCGGGUUUUAUCAAAUAUACGUGAAGUUCGUAAACCAGUACACAUUUCUUCACGCAAAUGUUUUGAAUAUGUACUUAGUAAACUGUAGAUCACUUACAUAUUUGCGGAAGCUAGCCAACUAGCUAGCCAACUACAGAUAAUUAAUCCGAAACUGACAAAUGAUCUGGUUAGCGUGCUAGCUAGCUAGGUACUAGCAUGGCGGCUAGCGGGACUGAGAAAAUCAGGAUUUUACACGUACUUGCUAUGAUGGUGUAAUUUGCGUCCUACUUUGCAAUCAGUCGACAGAUGCCUACUGUCAUAUACUGGCGCAAGUGAAUGACGAUAACUGAGUCUGAGCAAGAUGAUCAUUAGCUACAUGUAGCUAGGUAACGUUAAUAAUGUGACAUGUAGCGUGUCGUUGGCUAAUUAGCAACAUACGAUUAGGUACGUUGUAAGAACUUGCAUCUGAUUUUGACUUUUUUUCUCUCUCCCGUAGGCUUGUGCCCGGCCUUUAAUCUCGAUCUACUCCGAGAAAGGAGAAAGCUCAGGCAAAAAUGUGGUUAUGCCUGCGGUGUUCAAGGCUCCCAUCCGCCCCGACAUUGUCAACUUCGUGCACACCAACAUGCGCAAGAACAGUCGUCAGCCCUACGCCGUCAGCGGGCUGGCCGGUGAGUGAUCUUUUCAACAUUUAUUCAGUCAAAUAAGGAAUGCUUUGUAGUUUUUGGAGACAGGUGAAAGCUUUGGUGAUGAGUUUUAACUUCGGUCCGUGUUUCUGAAACCUGAUUAUACUAGAAGUUCUGAAGGGCUUUCACCUGUACCACUGAACAAAAAAGAUAAAAGCAACAUGUAAAGUGUUGAUCCCGUGUUUAAUGCGCUGAAAUAAAAUAUUCCAGAAAGUUUCCAUACUCAUAAAGUUUAUUUCUCUAAAAUUGUGCCCAAAUUAGUUUACAUCCUUGUUAGUGAGCAUUAUCCAUCCACCUGACAGGUGUGGCAUAUCAAGAAGCUGAUUAAACAGCAUGAUUGUCACACAGCACAAUGCCACAGAUGUCUCAAGUUUUGGAGGGAGCGUGCAAUUGGCAUGCUGACUGAAGAAAUGUCAAUUUUAGUAGUUGCCAGAAAAUUGAAUGUUCAUUUCUCUACCAUAAGCCGCCUCCCAACGUCUGUAUUCCCGGUCAUUUGAAAUCCUAGAAUAGGGCUUAAUGAAUUUAUUUUAUUGACGGGUUUCUUUUUUUUAUAUGAACUAACUCUGUAAAAUAUUUGUAAAUUGCAUUUGAUAUUUAUGUUCAGUAUAUGUAUCCAUUGACACACAGGUUGUUAUGUGUUCCAGGUCACCAGACCAGUGCUGAGUCCUGGGGUACAGGCCGGGCCGUGGCCCGUAUACCCCGUGUGAGGGGAGGUGGUACCCACCGCUCUGGACAGGGAGCCUUCGGGAAUGUAUCCUCUCUGACAGGUUAACAUUCCCCUUCAAGGUGAAGUCAACUUUUUACAACCAAACCUGUAUUUUGGAUGUAAAUGGCGUGUUAUAGAACUGUCCAGGCACUUAAGAUUAUCCUAUCCAGCUUUGCCGUUCUCCCUGUAGCCUGCGUGGAGAAUGGAGGGCGCGGUAUCGCUGAAGUCGGCCAAAAAAAAUUGUGAUCUCAAUUUCGGGUUGACUGCUUCAUGUGUACAACCUCUAAAGACCUCUAUCACUAUACUUAAAGCUUUGCCAUUUCUAAAAGUGUGUUUUUUUGGGAGCUUUUAAUGUUUUAUUAAAGCCCCCAUACUGCAGGAUGAGGAAGUCUAUCGCUGAUUGGGACGUUUAAAAAUAAAAUAACGUUGCAUCACAAGUGUCUGGACACUCAUAUAACAUGAUAUUUACAUCCAAAAUACAGAUUUGGUUGUAAAAAAAAAUAUGGUAAUUUCCUUUUAUCGUCCCCUUAAAUCUCAAUGUCUGUGGGUAUAGAUAUGGGCUACCUGGUCUGUGUUCAUUAGGGCACAUCGCAACAAAACGUUUUGCAGUGGGAGUCAAAGUUAUUGUACAAAUACUGAUUGCUCGUAACAGUUUUUUUCAUCCGUUUGUCGUCUAAUGAACACAGCACAUGGUGGUUCAUGCUGAGGUAGGCAGACAUUCGGAGGCUUGCAGUGAUGGUGUAAUUUGCGUCCUACACUGUGAUCAGUGACAUUAUGCCUGAUGUCAUAUGCUGGCACAAGUGGCUGACGAACCUUGAGUCUGAGCAAGAUACUCGCAAACAUUUGGGCCGGUUUCCCGAACUAAAAAUGCACAAUCAUGGCGAUACCCUGGCUAAACGUGUCCAGAAGCUCUUCCAGAAGUUUCUUCAUCCAUUAGUGUUGCUUGCUAGAUUUCCUUGACCCUGGUUGACUGUAGAUGUGUCGUGGAGGGCGCAUGUUCGCCCCCACCAAGACCUGGCGCCGCUGGCACCGCAGGAUCAACACCACCCAGAAGCGUUACGCCAUCUGCUCCGCCCUGGCCGCCUCCGCCCUGCCCGCUCUCGUCAUGUCCAAAGGUACGCCGCCCACCAUCCGUUGAUGCACAGCUUUGUGUUAGUUUUUAGCAGUGUUAUGGACCCCAAAUAUAGAUUUUUCAUUUAAGUUUUUUAGUUUCUCGUUAGAUAAUCAUUUUGUUAGAGACCUGUUCUGUGUGUAUUUAUGCAUCUCUAAUUUUAGUUAUUUUAACCAAAUCAGCCCCACUGCCUCUCAACCCAGAUGAAGGACUCAAUCUCUACUUAUGGAAUCCCAAUCGUUUCCAAUUGUAAAUAUUUAGGAGUAGAUAUAUUUCCUUUCUUAGAUAAGCCGUUGCCAGAAACGUUAACAGAACGCUCAAAUCAAUUAAAUCCCAUCUCCAUAGAUGGAUUGAUAUCCCAGUUGCUUUAACUGGCAGAAUAUCUAUUGUCAAAUUGAAUAUAUUGCCACGGCUUAAUUUUGGUAGUUUAAUGCUUCCCGUGGCUCCCCCUUCAGGCUAUUGGAAUGAACUUCAUAGUGCAGUUUCAAAAUGUAUUUGGCAAGGUAUGGUAAGAGAUAAAAUUAACAAACUUACAAAGAGGGAAAUACUUAGGACUAUCCGUAGCAAACUUAGUUAUGUAUGUGAAAUACAACGAAUGGAAAAUUCAAUAUUAAUUAAUAUUUUGUACCUUUACAAAAUAUUAAUUCAAAAAAAAAAAAUCCCAAUGAAUAAAAAUGUGGCUACAAUCAAAGGCUCUUGUAAUGUCCAUCCAUAAGACUUGCUAUGAUGGUGUAAUUUGCGUCUGACUCUGUGUGCGGUGACGGUUUGCCGACUGUCUUACAGCUGCCACAGUGGGUUGACGAAAUAAUAAUUCUGAGCAAGAUGUCUUUUUAACAUUAACAGCCUGUACUAGAGAAGCUGUACAUGUGGCGGCAGGUAGCUUAGUGGUUAAGAGCGUUGUGCCAGUAACCGAAAGGUCGCUGGUUCUAAUCCCCGAGCCGACUAAUCUGUGUAUCCUUGAGCAAGGCACUUAACCCUAAUUGCUCCUGUAAGUCGCUCUGGAUAAGAGCGUCUGCUAAAUGACUAAAAUGUAAAAUAAUAAUAUAAAUAAUGUAGCUGUUACUUGAGUUGUAGCCAUUAGUGUUGCAUAACAAAAGCUCAGUACUUCACUAGCUACUAGAACGUGACAAAUGGUUCGGUACUAGAAUUUGUUACUUUCGGUACUUCUGUCAAAUGUCUCGCGUCAUAUAAUAAUAAUAUGCCAUUUAGCAGACGCUUUUAUCCAAAGCGACUUAGUCAUGCGUGCAUACAUUUUUGUGCAUGGGUGGUCCCGGGGAUCGAACCCACUACCCUGGCGUUACAAGCGCCGUGCUCUACCAGCUGAGCUACAGAGGACCACCAUAUGCGGAUUGAGUUUGUCUGAACCUUUUUCGUGGGCAGUAUUAAUAUAAAAUACAUUUUCUUAACAUGACAUUUGCAUUGUAACGUUAUUCUACUAGGAACUAAAUUUUGAGUGACAGUGACAUUAACAUAUAUUCAUGUGAGCAUUAUGAUUACAACCCAAAAGUAAUGUGAGAUGCACUCAACUUAGCUACAUUUUUCUGGUAUCGUGAACACGUAUUAGAAACCUGGGUGGUAUACAGGCUCCUGGGGUAUUUUGAAAUCCCGUCAAGUAUUUAUUUUUAUUCUAAAUUAAAUUGAGCCUGUCUCACAGUAUGUUUGAUCCAGUGUUGCGCAGCAGCGGGUGAUCAAGUUACACUUGAAGUUCAGUUUGCCAGCUAAAUAUCUUAACUAGAAGUUAACUAAGAUGUGCCAUACAUUUUCUCCAGCUAUGCAUUUGGUUUGCUAACUUGCUAGCUGUAGGCGGAUAGCUUGCGAGAUCAAGCUUCUUGUUUAGUGCAGACGAUCAAGUGGGAGUAGUUUAACUGUUGUAUAAUUUUAUGAACCGGGUUGUCUGUCCUUAUAUUCGUGUGUUAGCAUUUAGCUAGCAUCAUCUAUGGGAAUUCGCCUGUAGUUUUAGCAUAUUUUACUUUAUUUUUUUUAAACCUUUGGAAUAGCACCCCCUUGUGUACACUGCCGGUAAUACCGUAUAUCCUAGUACGGUACAGAAACGGAAUGGGGAUCUUGAUACUGCUCAACCCUAAUUAGAAAGGUUCUAAUCUUGUCAUUUUUCCUUCAGGACAUGUAGAUGUAUAAAAAUUUCUGAGCAAAAUAACUUGUAGCAUUUAGAACAAAAAGGAUCUGUAUAACAAUCCGAAGCCUGUACUGGAUGGUCUCCUUCCUCCAGGACACCGGAUUGAGGAGAUCCCAGAGGUUCCCCUGGUAGUUGAAGAUAAAGUGGAAGGUUACAAGAAGACAAAGGAGGCUGUGCUUCUGCUGAAGAAACUCAAGGCCUGGAACGACAUCAAGAAGGUUAAUAAUAUUAGCUAUACUUAAUACUGUCUCACUGGUCCUCGUUGACUUUUCGUGCGUUUGUUCUGUAUAGUGAUACGAAGCCAUGAUGAGGUUCCACUUCAGGUCCGUGUUUCUGAAUCCUGAUAUUUAAUGUGAAGUCCUGAGCAUAACAAAUCCCUGAUAUUAGCAACAUAAAAGCACGGCUGUUGUCUCCUUUUGUUGACAUGAGAUGAUCCGUGAUAUUGUGGAUCUGUGCAGGUGUACGCGUCCCAGCGCAUGCGUGCCGGUAAAGGAAAGAUGAGGAAUCGCAGGCGUAUCCAGCGCAAAGGACCGUGCAUCAUCUACAACCAAGACCAAGGCGUCACCAAGGCAUUCAGAAACAUCCCUGGUAUGUAUUGGUAGUGUCUACCCUGGUGUGGGUGGGUGGGGUCUACCCUGGUAUGGGUGGGUGGGGUCUACCCUGGUAUGGGUGGGUGGGGUCUACCCUGGUAUGGGUGGGUGGGGUCUACCCUGGUGUGGGUGGGGUCUACCCUGGUAUGGGUGGGUGGGGUCUACCCUGGUGUGGGUGGGUAGGGUCUCCCCUGGUGUGGGUGGGUGGGGUCUCCCCUGGUGUGGGUGGGUGGGUGGGGUCUACCCUGGUGUGGGUGGGGUCUCCCCUGGUGUGGGUGGGUGGGGUCUACCCUGGAGUGGGUGGGUGGGGUCUACCCUGGUGUGGGUGGGUGGGGUCUACCCUGGUGUGGGUGGGUGGGGUCUCCCCUGGUGUGGGUGGGUGGGUGGGGUCUACCCUGGGGUGGGUGGGUGGGGUCUACCCUGGUGUGGGUGGGUGGGGUCUACCCUGGAGUGGGUGGGUGGGGUCUACCCUGGAGUGGGUGGGUGGGGUCUACCCUGGUGUGGGUGGGUGGGGUCUACCCUGGUGUGGGUGGGUGGGGUCUACCCUGGAGUGGGUGGGUGGGGUCUACCCUGGUGUGGGUGGGUGGGUGGGGUCUACCCUGGUGUGGGUGGGUGGGGUCUACCCUGGUGUGGGUGGGUGGGGUCUACCCUGGUGUGGGUGGGUAGGGUGUACCCUGGUGUGGGUGGGUAGGGUCUCCCCUGGUGUGGGUGGGUGGGGUCUACCCUGGUGUGGGUGGGUGGGUGGGGUCUACCCUGGUGUGGGUGGGUAGGUGGGGUCUACCCUGGUGUGGGUGGGUGGGGUCUACCCUGGUGUGGGUGGGUAGGUGGGGUCUACCCUGGUGUGGGUGGGUGGGGUCUACCCUGGUGUGGGUGGGUAGGUGGGGUCUACCCUGGUGUGGGUGGGUGGGGUCUACCCUGGUGUGGGUGGGUAGGUGGGGGUCUACCCUGGUGUGGGUGGGUGGGGUCUACCCUGGUGUGGGUGGGUGGGGUCUACCCUGGUAUGGGUGGGUGGGGUCUACCCUGGUAUGGGUGGGUGGGGUCUACCCUGGUAUGGGUGGGUGGGGUCUACCCUGGUAUGGGUGGGUGGGGUUCUACCCUGUUGUGGGUGGUAGGGUCUCCCCUGGUGUGGGUGGGUGGGGUCUACCCUGGAGUGGGUGGGUGGGGUCUACCCUGGUGUGGGUGGGUGGGGUCUACCCUGGUGUGGGUGGGUGGGGUCUACCCUGGUGUGGGUGGGUGGGGUCUACCCUGGUGUGGGUGGGUGGGUGGGGUCUACCCUGGUGUGUGUGGGUGGGUGGGGUCUACCCUGGUGUGGGUGGGUGGGGUCUACCCUGGUGUGGGUGGGUAGGGUGUACCCUGGUGGUGGGUGGGUGGGGUCUACCCUGGUGUGGGUGGGUGGGGUCUACCCUGGUGUGGGUGGGUGGGGUCUUACCCUGGUGUGGGUGGGUAGGGUGUACCCUGGUGUGGGUGGGUAGGGUGUACCCUGGUGUGGGUGGGUAGGGUGUACCCUGGUGUGGGUGGGUAGGGUGUACCCUGGUGUGGGUGGGUAGGUGGGGUCUACCCUGGUGUGGGUGGGGUCUACCCUGGUGUGGGUGGGUGGGGUCUACCCUGGUGUGGGUGGGUGGGGUCUACCCUGGUGUGGGUGGGUGGGGUCUACCCUGGAGUGGGUGGGUAGGGUCUACCCUGGUGUGGGUGGGUAGGGUCUACCCUGGUGUGGGUGGGUAGGGUGUACCCUGGUGUGGGUGGGUAGGGUCUCCCCUGGUGUGGGUGGGUAGGUGGGGUCUACCCUGGUGUGGGUGGGUGGGUGGGGUCUACCCUGGUGUGGGUGGGUAGGGUGUACCCUGGCGUGGGUGGGUGGGGUCUACCCUGGUGUGGGUGGGUGGGGUCUACCCUGGUGUGGGUGGGUAGGGUGUACCCUGGUGUGGUGGGUGGGGUCUACCCUGGUGUGGGUGGGUGGGGGUCUACCCUGUGUGGUGGGUGGGGGUCUACCUGGUGUGGUGGUGGGGUCUACCCUGGUGUGGGUGGGGUCUACCCUGGUGUGGGUGGGGUCUACCCUGGUGUGGGUGGGGUCUACCCUGGUGUGGGUGGGGUCUACCCUGGGGUGGGGUGGGUGGGGUCUACCCUGGAGUGGUGGGUGGGGUCUACCCUGGUGUGGGUGGGUGGGUCUACCCUGGUGUGGGUGGGGGGGGUCUACCCUGGUGUGGGGUGGGGUCAACCCUGGUGGGGUGGUGGGGUCUACCCUGGAGUGGGGUGGGUGGGGUCUACCCUGGUGUGGGUGGGUGGGGUCUACCUGGUGUGGGGGGUGGGGUCUACCCUGGUGUGGGUGGGUGGGGGUCUCACCACUGGUGGGGUGGGUGGGGUCUACCCUGGUGUGGGUGGGGUCUACCCUGGUGUGGGUGGGGUCUACGACUGAUUUCUGAUAAUCAGUUCCUCUUUAAUUGUGGGGCUGCAUGUCUACAACAUCAGGGUCAUUUAAAAAGGCUAACAAGCUUUUUAUGUCAGUGAAGAAAGAGCUAGCUAGCUAUACUACAUAACCAAAAGUAUGUGGACACCUGCUCGUCGAACAUCUCAUUCCAAAAUCAUGGGCAUUAAUAUGGAGUUGGUCCCCCCUUUGCUGCUAUAACAGCCGUUGUUGCUCCUAGACGUUUCCACUUCACAAUAACAGCACUUACAGAUCUAGCAGGGCAAACAUUUGACCAACUGACUUGUGGGAAAGGUGGCAUCCUAUGACGGUGCCACAUUGAAAGUCACUGAGUUCUUCAGUAAGGCCAUUCUACUGCCUGUGUUUGUCUAUGGAGAUUGCAUGGUCGUGUGCUUGAUUUUUAUACACCUGUCAGCAACGGGUGUGGCUGAAUCCACUAAUUUGAAGGGCUGUCCACAUACUUUUGGCCAUGUAGUGUAUGGUGACUUGGCACGUCAGGUCCAUGUUUCUGAACACCGUGAUUUCAAUGGACGUUCUGAGCCCAACCUUUUCACUCAUGAAACUGAAUACAAAAUGUCAAUGGAUACUAGUUCUUUGUAAAAUAAUGAAUACUUUUUUCUUUUUGAUGGCAUAUUUUCCACUGUAGAUUUAAGCAUCGGGUUAAAUUGGCACAAUGUUUAUUAAUUUGUAUUUGAUGGUCGUUCUCCCAGGUAUCACCCUGCAGAACGUGAACAAGCUGAACCUGCUCCGGCUCGCCCCCGGUGGUCACGUCGGUCGCUUCUGUAUCUGGACCGAGUCCGCCUUCCGCAAGCUGGACCAGCUUUACGGUACCUGGCGCAAAUCUGCCUCUCUCAAGGUGGACUACAAGUGAGUCAAAUGAGGGUUAUGUAGUGUCCCAGCCAGUAAAACUGGUUGAAAUUUUAAGUUGCUAAUCUGGGGUUGUAGUGAGCAGAGUUGGUAACAGAUUUGAGAGCUUUUUAAUUUUCUACAGUGAUGAGCUUCCACUUCGGUCCGUGUUUCUGAACCCUGAUAUCUACCAGAAGUUCUGAGUUUUGGUGAAAGGCUCUAUAAUGGUCUGCUGCUAAACCACAUGCUGCUCACUAACAAUCAUAAGAGGUAAAUUAUGUUCUGACCUGACCGUUGGCAUCUCUCUCCCUCUCUCUCUCUCCCUCUCUCCCUCUCUCUGUCUCUGUCUCUCUCUCUCUCUCUCUCUCUCUCUCUCUCUCUCUCUCUCCCUCUCUCUCUCUCUCUCUCUCUCUCUCUCUCUCUCCCUCUCUCCCUCUCUCUCCCUCUCUCUCUCUCUCUCUUCCAGUCUGCCCAUGCACAAGAUGACCAACACAGAUCUGAGCAGGAUUCUGAAGAGUGAGGAGAUCCAGAAAGCACUUCGUGCACCAAAGUAAGCCCUGCUCACUUUUAUAUAUUACAUAGCAUUAUGGGUACUGUAGUACAGAGCAUUGUGGGUACUGUAGUACGUUAUUGCUCCACUGUGAUAUGAAGCCAUGAUGAGGUUCCACUUCAGGUCCGUGUUUCUGAAUCCUGAUUUUAAUGGAAGUCCUGAGCAUGACCGUACAGCCAAUUUUGGCUUUGGUCAAAAGUAGUGCACUUUAUAGGAAAUGGUGUGCUAUUUUGAGGUGCAACCAUUCUCAACACAUGGACCACAGAAUAUCAACAGAUUCUCCCUCCUACUGACCCCGUCUCUCCUGUCUCCUCACAGCAAGAAGAUCAGGCGCAGGGUCCUGAAGAAGAACCCGCUGAAGAACCUGAGAAUCAUGAUGAAGCUGAACCCCUACGCCAAGACAGCCAGACGUCAAGCCAUCCUGCUGCAUGACCCGGCUGUGAGUAUAAAUAUAAAUAAAACAUUACAUUAUUACUCUACUGAUGUACCAUGUUUGUGGGGGGGGGGGGUAAGCCUACAUGAAACACAGACCUUAUUUUGAAGUGUUUCUAUAAAAAAAAAUCCCCCUAUGGGAAAAAUGAAAUGGUGGAGAAGCUAUUGGAACCAAUUCUCUGUUUGACUGCUAGGUUUUAUGGGUAUUAUGACCCAUAAUGCGGUACUCGGUGACUACUAGUAUGAAUACCUCCAUACAUCCAGGUCCUGUCUACAUGAGUGUCUCUCGCCCUACCCACAGAUCAAGGCCAAGAUGCUGAAGCCCAAGAAGAAGCCGGCCAAGAAGGCAGCCCCGGCCAAGACAGCCCCGGCCAAGGCAGCCCCCGUCAAGGCAGCCCCGGCCAAGACAGCCCCCGCCAAGGCAGCCCCCGUCAAGGCAUAAAGCGGCUCUUCUAACAGACUGGUGUUCAGAUGGUUUCAAAUAAAAUCUAAACAAAAUCAUCCUAUUUGUCUUUUAUUUUUUUAUGUUGAAUACAUGGCAGGUUAUGGAGAGCAGUGUGUGUUGGUUCUAGUUAUGUCAUUUUAAUGUGUCCAAUUUUAAGACCCUGACAACCAGGUGAGGGGCGUUCCUAACUCAUACUUAAGACCCUGACAACCAGGUGAGGGGCGUUCCUAACUCAUCCUUAAGACCCUGACAACCAGGUGAGGGGCGUUCCUAACUCAUACUUAAGACCCUGACAACCAGGUGAGGGGCGUUCCUAACUCAUCCUUAAGACCCUGACAACCAGGUGAGGGGCGUUCCUAACUCAUCCUUAAGACCUGGACAACCAGGUGAGGGGCGUUCCUAACUCAUCCUUAAGACCCUGACAACCAGGUGAGGGGCGUUCCUAACUCAUCCUUAAGACCCUGACAACCAGGUGAGGGGCGUUCCUAACUCAUCCUUAAGACCCUGACAACCAGGUGAGGGGCGUUCCUAACUCAUCCUUAAGACCCUGACAACCAGGUGAGGGGUGUUCCUAACUCAUCCUUAAGACCCUGACAACCAGGUGAGGGGCGUUCCUAACUCAUCCUUAAGACCUGGACAACCAGGUGAGGGGCGUUCCUAACUCAUCCUUAAGACCCUGACAACCAGGUGAGGGGUGUUCCUAACUCAUCCUUAAGACCCUGACAACCAGGUGAGGGGCGUUCCUAACUCAUCCUUAAGACCCUGACAACCAGGUGAGGGGCGUUCCUAACUCAUCCUUAAGACCCUGACAACCAGGUGAGGGGCGUUCCUAACUCAUCCUUAAGACCCUGACAACCAGGUGAGGGGCGUUCCUAACUCAUCCUUAAGACCCUGACAACCAGGUGAGGGGCGUUCCUAACUCAUCCUUAAGACCCUGACAACCAGGUGAGGGGCGUUCCUAACUCAUCCUUAAGACCUGGACAACCAGGUGAGGGGCGUUCCUAACUCAUCCUUAAGACCUGGACAACCAGGUGAGGGGCGUUCCUAACUCAUCCUUAAGACCCUGACAACCAGGUGAGGGGCGUUCCUAACUCAUCCUUAAGACCUGGACAACCAGGUGAGGGGCGUUCCUAACUCAUCCUUAAGACCCUGACAACCAGGUGAGGGGCGUUCCUAACUCAUCCUUAAGACCCUGACAACCAGGUGAGGGGCGUUCCUAACUCAUCCUUAAGACCUGGACAACCAGGUGAGGGGCGUUCCUAACUCAUCCUUAAGACCCUGACAACCAGGUGAGGGGCGUUCCUAACUCAUCCUUAAGACCUGGACAACCAGGUGAGGGGCGUUCCUAACUCAUCCUUAAGACCCUGACAACCAGGUGAGGGGCGUUCCUAACUCAUCCUUAAGACCUGGACAACCAGGUGAGGGGCGUUCCUAACUCAUCCUUAAGACCCUGACAACCAGGUGAGGGGCGUUCCUAACUCAUCCUUAAGACCCUGACAACCAGGUGAGGGGCGUUCCUAACUCAUCCUUAAGACCUGGACAACCAGGUGAGGGGCGUUCCUAACUCAUCCUUAAUUCAUCCGUUAAGUAGAAGGUAAUUGUGUCAAUGACUUGAACAUGCUGCGUUUGUUCCUUAUUCAGACCCUUUCCCUUUCUCUACAUUUUGUUAUGUUACAGCCUUAUUCUAAUAUUGAUUAAAUCGUUUUCUUCUCAUCAACCUACACACAAUACCCCAUAAUGACAAAGAAACAACAGGUCUUUAGAUGUUCUGUGAAUUUAUAAAAAAAUAAAUAACACUUAAGUAUUCAGACCCUUUACUCGGUACUUUGUUGAAGCACCUUUUGGCAGCGAUUACAGCCUCAAGUCUUCUUGGAUAUGACGCUACAAGCUUGGCACACCUGUAUUUGGGGAGUUUCUCCCAUUCUUCUCUGCAGAUCCUCUCAAGCUCUGUCAGGUUGGAUGGGGAGCGUCGCUGCACAGCUAUUUUCAGGUCUCUCCAGAGAUGUUCGAUCGGGUUCAAGUCCGGGCUCUGGCUGGGCCACUCAAGGACAUUCAGAGACUUGUCCUGAAGCCACUCCUGUGUUGUCUUGGCUGUGUGUUUAGGGUCGUUGUCCUAUUGGAAGGUGAACCUUCGCCCCAGUCUGAGGUCCUGAGCGCUCUGGAGCAGGUUUUCAUCAAGGAUCUCUGUACUUUGAUGCGUUCAUCUUUGCCUCGAUCCUGACUAGUCUCCCAGUCCCUGCCGCUGAAAAACAUCCCCACAGCAUGAUGCUGCCACCACCAUGCUUCACCGUAGGGAUGGUGCCAGGUUUCCUCCAGAUGUGACGCUUGGCAUUCAGGCCAAAGAGUUCAAUCUUGGUUUCAUCAGACCAGAGAAUCUUGUUUCUCAUGGUCUGAGAUUCCUUUAGGUGCCUUUUGGCAAACUCCAAGCGGGCUGUCAUGUGCCUUCUACUGAGUGGCUUCCGUCUGUCCACUCUACCAUAAAAGCCUGAUUGGUGGAGUGCUGCAGAGAUGGUUAUCCGAUCUCCACAGAGGAACUCUGGAGCUCUGUCAGUGACCAUUGGGUUCUUGGUCACCUCCCUGACCAAGGCCCUUUCUCUCCCGAUUGCUCAGUUUGGCCGGGCGGCCAGCUCUAGGAAGAGUCUGGGUGGUUCCAAACUAAUUCCAUUUAAGAAUGAUGGAGGCCACUGUGUUCUUGGGGACCUUCAAUGCUGCAGACAUUUUUUGGUACCCUUCCCCAGAUCUGUGCCUCGACACAAUCCUGUCUUGGAGCUCUACGGAUAAUUCCUUCGACCUCAUGGCUUGGUUUUUGCUCUGACAUACACUGUCAACUGUGGGACCUUAUAUAGACAGGUGUGUGCCUUUCCAAAUCAUGUCCAAUCAAUUUAAUUUACCACAGGUGGACUCCAAUCAAGUUGUAGAAACCUCUCAAGGAUGAUCAAUGGAAACAGGAUGCACCUCAGCUCAAUUUCAAGUCUCAUAACAAAGGGUCUGAAUACUUAUGAAAUAUAUUUUUUUAUAUAUAUACAUUUGGGGAAAAAAUUAACCUGUUGUCGCGUUGUCAUUAUAGGGUAUUGUGUGUAGAUUGAGACAUUUUAUUUAUUUAAUCAAUUUUAGAGUAAGGCAAGGGGACUGAAUACUUUCAGAAUGCACCGUAGUUAAAUUACAACAAGGGAGGAGUGACACUCCCCUCCAUGGAAUGAAUUUUACUGUGCUGUAGUAGGAUAUUUCUUGAAACAGUAUGAGAAGUAGGCUAUAUACACUACUUAACAAUAGUGUUAAUGACAGUAAGUAGGCUAUAUACACUACUUAACAAUAGUGUUAAUGACAGUAAGUAGGCUAUAUACACUACUUAACAAUAGUGUUAAUGACAGUAAGUAGGCUAUAUACACUACUUAACAAUAGUGUUAAUGACAGUAAGUAGGCUAUAUACACUACUUAACAAUAGUGUUAAUGACAGUAAGUAGGCUAUAUACACUACUUAACAAUAGUGUUAAUGACAGUAAGUAGGCUACAGUGGGGAGAACAAGUAUUUGAUACACUGCCGAUUUUGCAGGUUGUCCUACUUACAAAGCAUGCAGAGGUCUGUAAUGUUUAUCAUAGGUACACUUCAACUGUGAGAGACGGAAUCUAAAACAAAAAUCCAGAAAAUCACAUGAUUUUUAAGUAAUUAAUUUGCAUUUUAUUGCAUGACAUAAGUAUUUGAUACAUCAGAAAAGCAGAACUUAAUAUUUGGUACAGAAACCUUUGUUUGCAAUUACACAGAUCAUACGUUUCCUGUAGGUCUUGACCAGGUUUGCACACACUGCAGCAGGGAUUUUGGCCCACUCCUCCAUACAGACCUUCUCCAGAUCCUUCAGGUUUCGGUGCUGUCGCUGGGCAAUAUGGACUUUCAGCUCCCUCCAAAGAUGUUCUAUUGGGUUCAGGUCUGGAGACUGGCUAGGCCACUCCAGGACCUUGAGAUGCUUCUUACGGAGCCACUCCUUAGUUGCCCUGGCUGUGUGUUUCGGGUCAUUGUCAUGCUGGAAGACCCAGCCACGACCCAUCUUCAAUGCUCUUACUGAGGGAAGGAGGUUGUUGGCCAAGAUCUCGCGAUACAUGGCCCCAUCCAUCCUCCCCUCAAUACGGUGCAGUCGUCCUGUCCCCUUUGCAGAAAAGCAUCCCCAAAGAAUGAUGUUUCCACCUCCAUGCUUCACGGUUGGGAUGGUGUUCUUGGGGUUGUACUCAUCCUCCUUCUUCCUCCAAACACGGCAAGUGGAGUUUAGACCAAAAAGCUAUUUUUGUCUCAUCAGACCACAUGACCUUCUCCCAUUCCUCCUCUGGAUCAUCCAGAUGGUCAUUGGCAAACUUCAGACGGGCCUGGACAUGCGCUGGCUUGAGCAGGGGGACCUUGCGUGCGCUGCAGGAUUUUAAUCCAUGACGGCGUAGUGUGUUACUAAUGGUUUUCUUUGAGACUGUGGUCCGAGCUCUCUUCAGGUCAUUGACCAGGUCCUGCCGUGUAGUUCUGGGCUGAUCCCUCACCUUCCUCAUGAUCAUUGAUGCCCCACAAGGUGAGAUAUUGCAUGGAGCCCCAGACCGAGGGUGAUUGACCGUCAUCUUGAACUUCUUCCAUUUUCUAAUAAUUGCGCCAACAGUUGUUGCCUUCUCACCAAGCUGCUUGCCUAUUGUCCUGUAGCCCAUCCCAGCCUUGUGCAGGUCUACCAUUUUAUCCCUGAUGUCCUUACACGGCUAUCUGGUCUUGGCCAUUGUGGAGAGGUUGGAGUCUGUUUGAUUGAGUGUGUGGACAGGUGUCUUUUAUACAGGUAACGAGUUCAAACAGGUGCAGUUAAUACAGGUAAUGAGUGGAGAACAGGAGGGCUUCUUAAAGAAAACCUAACAGGUCUGUGAGAGCCGGAAUUCUUACUGGUUGGUAGGUGAUCAAAUACUUAUGUCAUGCAAUAAAAUGCUAAUUAAUUACUUAAAAAUCAUACAAUGUGAUUUUCUGGAUUUUUGUUUUAGAUUCCGUCUCUCACAGUUGAAGUGUACCUAUGAUAAAAAUUUCAGACAUCUACAUGCUUUAAGUAGGAAAACCUGCAAAAUCAGCAGUGUAUCAAAUACUUGUUCUCCCCACUGUAUAUACACUACUUAGCAAUAGUGUUCUAAUAUGGGGGGGCAGUGAUUGCUCAGACAGUAUCCAAUACCUACUUACUGUCAUUCAAAUAAAGCAGACCUAAAUAUUGUAAGUCGCUCUGGAUAAGAGCGUCUGCUAAAUGAUGUAAAUUAAAACAGCAGACCUACAUAUUGUCCUUAUUAAAACAGCAGACCUACAUAUUGUCCUUAUUAAAACAGCAGACCUACAUAUUGUCCUUAUUAUUUUAUUAUCCUGUGUCUUUUUCCUCUCCUUCUGCCCUAAUCACAGGUGUCCUGUAUGUUCCUGAUUGGUGGUCGUUGGGGUGUCUGCUGAUUGCUAAGGUGGACCAAUCAGUGAACAUUCCUCUGCAUUGCACCACCUGUUUCUGGUUUUUCAAUCACACAUCCCAUUGUUUAAAAGCCGGUCAGUUGUGUUUGUAGAGAGAGACUAUUUUCCGUAUGUGAGAAUGGAUACUGUGGUGUUUUGUGUACUCACUCAUUUGCUGGUUACUCUGUUUGGUAACUUUGUUGUGUGUUUCUGGGAAAAGGGGGAUUUAAGCAAGUUGCCCUUGGGCAUACAUUACCCGUAGGAAGAAAUCUGUCUAAAAACACUAGUUAGACCUGAUCGGACCACCCACUGUAUUUUUGUAUGAUAGCAGUAGCUUAGCGGUUCUUGAGGCAGGCAAGAUCAGUUUAGGUUUUUUUUACACUAUUGUUUCAUUUCUUGGGUCCUGCUCAGCCCUUUUUCCCAAACCUUUACCGUGUGUUCAAAAAUAAACAUUUUAUGUUUGACGGUAGUUUAUGGUUGUCGUGUAGUUUUUGUUCUCACUGUUUCCAUGUCACGAUUCUAAUUUGCAUGAAUUAUGUUACGGGUCUCUUGUCCAUCCACCCUAGACGUUUAAAGCAUCGGGGUUCGUAACACCUAAAUAUUGUCCUUAUUAAAACAAAGCAGUAUACAAGUACCUGUAAAUCCAGUGUUGUGAUUAUACUAGUCUGAUUUGGAGGCAGUGGGGAAAGUAGCAGACCUUUCUAAUCACUUUCCCCACCUUAAGCGUGCCCAUGUUCGGUGUCAGAGGAAGGCCCAAAGAAUUGUCAGAAAUCCUGCCACCCAAGCCACAGACUGUUCUUUCUGCUACCGCACGGCAAGCGGUACCGAUGCACCAAGUCUGGAACCAACAGGACCCUGAACAGCUUCUACACCCAAGCCAUAAGACUUCUAAACAAAACUGCUAAAUAGCUAAUCAAAUGGUUACCCGGACUACCUGCAUGGACCCUUUUUUGCACUAACUCUCUUGCACUGACUCUAUGCACACACACUGGACUCUACCCACACACUCACACAUACUUACACUGACACCCCAACACACACACACGCAUCCUGACGCCAUACACACACGCAUCCUGACGCCAUACACACACUCACACACACACUUUCACACUCACCACAUACACUGCUGCUAGUCACUUUACCCCUACCCAUAUGUACAGUACAUAGCUAACUCAAGGACCUCGUACCCCUGCACAUGGACUCAGUACUGCUAGUCCCUGUAUACAGCCAUGUUAUUUUUACUCUUUAUUUUGAUUCCUUAUUUACUGUCACCAUUUCUAUUUUAGUAUUUUAUUUUGUAUCUUAUUUUUAACUCUGCAUUGUUGGAAAACGACCCGUAAGUAAGCAUUUCACUGUUAGUCUACACCUGUUGUCUACGACGCAUGUGACAAAUAAAUACAAUUUGAUUUGAUUCCAGAAAGCCCCUGUUAUGUAGCCUAUGGCUGUCUCUCUCCAGAAAGCCCCUGUUAUGUAGCCUAUGGCUGUCUCUCUCCAGAAAGCCCCUGUUAUGUAGCCUAUGGCUGUCUCUCUCCAGAAAGCCCCUGUUAUGUAGCCUAUGGCUGUCUCUCUCCAGAAAGCCCCUGUUAUGUAGCCUAUGGCUGUCUCUCUCCAGAAAGCCCCUGUUAUGUAGCCUAUGGCUGUCUCUCUCCAGAAAGCCCCUGUUAUGUAGCCUAUGGCUGUCUCUCUCCAGAAAGCCCCUGUUAUGUAGCCUAUGGCUGUCUCUCUCCAGAAAGCCCCUGUUAUGUAGCCUAUGGCUGUCUCUCUCCAGAAAGCCCCUGUUAUGUAGCCUAUGGCUGUCUCUCUCCAGAAAGCCCCCUGUUAUGUAGCCUAUGGCUGUCUCUCUCCAGAAAGCCCCUGUUAUGUAGCCUAUGGCUGUCUCUCUCCAGAAAGCCCCUGUUAUGUAGCCUAUGGCUGUCUCUCUCUCUGCCUGCCUGCCUUCCAAAUACCUGAAUUGCAGUUUUACAGGUCCAGUCUGUUGCUGUGUGUUCUAGUGUUCUAGUGUUCCACUCCACACCAACAUUCCAUAGCUCUGUCACUGAGUUUCUAAACCCAGAGGCGCAACAUCGCGAGACUUCCGGGAACGCUUGCGAAACAGACCAAACAGGAAGUCAGUGAGAGAAGUUAAAAAUUAUUCCUUUCUUGCCUAGAUUGGAGCCAAUGUCUUAAGUAGUUGAACACGUUAUUACUCCAACCUCGUGAAAGUGACAAAAACAACUUUAUAUCGACGGAGUGCCUUUGAUUUGACGGCCUGCACAUGCGCAGCUCUGCGGCGAGACGACCGUUAGACCCGAAGACCUGUUGCUACGCAUGAGCUUAUCUAGCCACCGUCGCCAUGACGUCGACUACAAGUGUGAUCUGGGAUUUCUAUUGGAGAAGCAGUUUUAGCCUAUCUUCAUACUGUGCCGUCUUUAGCUCUGUCCUACCCACCUGCCUCAGCCUGCCCAACACCACUAAAGGAAUGUAAUGUCUUCUCUCUCUGCUCUGGACAUACAUGGUCCUGCCGACAGCGUGUUCCUACAGUGUUGGACAUGUUGGAAGAAAAUAAGAAAAACAAAGCUUCAACAAGUGCAACUAAAUAGAUACAGGGAGGGGGAAAAACUGUAUUUGAUCCCUCACUGUAGGCUUAGAGGCCCUUUUUUGAAGCGUGGCGACAGUUGGCUUCAAGCAACCCUCUCAUUCAUGAUAGAGGUGAACUAUGAUAGGGCAUAAAUUGAGCGAACCAGCCGUAUGAUAUCGCCAUAUCAGAUCGGUUUAGCAGCACAUAUAAAGUGAUCCUCAUUGUAAUGGAUCCAUCGUGAAGUGAUCCUCAUUGUAAUGGAUCCAUCGUGAAGUGAUCCUCAUUGUAAUGGAUCCAUCGUGAAGUGAUCCUCAUUGUAAUGGAUCCAUCGUGAAGUGAUCCUCAUUGUAAUGGAUCCAUCGUGAAGUGAUCCUCAUUGUAAUGGAUCCAUCGUGAAGUGAUCCUCAUUGUAAUGGAUCCAUCGUGAAGUGAUCCUCAUUGUAAUGGAUCCAUCGUGAAGUGAUCCUCAUUGUAAUGGAUCCAUCGUGAAGUGAUCCUCAUUGUAAUGGAUCCAUCGUGAAGUGAUCCUCAUUGUAAUGGAUCCAUCGUGAAGUGAUCCUCAUUGUAAUGGAUCCAUCGUGAAGUGAUCCUCAUUGUAAUGGAUCCAUCGUGAAGUGAUCCUCAUUGUAAUGGAUCCAUCGUGAAGUGAUCCUCAUUGUAAUGGAUCCAUCGUGAAGUGAUCCUCAUUGUAAUGGAUCCAUCGUGAAGUGAUCCUCAUUGUAAUGGAUCCAUCGUGAAGUGAUCCUCAUUGUAAUGGAUCCAUCGUGAAGUGAUCCUCAUUGUAAUGGAUCCAUCGUGAAGUGAUCCUCAUUGUAAUGGAUCCAUCGUGAAGUGAUCCUCAUUGUAAUGGAUCCAUCGUGGUGCCGGCUACAGUUUCCAUGAAGCACUGAAGGCUGACUAGGACAGCGUCCCAAAUGCCACCCUAUUUCCUAUAUAGUGCACUUCUUUAGACCUGGAACCACGGGGGUCAAAAGUAGUGCAUUAUAUCGGGAAUAGGGUGGCAUUUGGGACGCAUUCCUAGGACUAUACUUCUCUCAGGUCUCUGAGAACUAGUGUGUUGUCACAACAGUUCACCGCCUCCAUUAAUCCUUACGUUAGGUUAUCACCACCUCCAUUAAUCCUUACGUUAAGUUAUCACCACCUCCAUUAAUCCUUACGUUAAGUUAUCACCACCUCCAUUAAUCCUUACGUUAAGUUAUCACCACCUCCAUUAAUCCUUACGUUAAGUUAUCACCACCUCCAUUCAUCCUUACGUUAAGUUAUCACCACCUCCAUUAAUCCUUACGUUAAGUUAUCACCACCUCCAUUAAUCCUUACGUUAAGUUAUCACCACCUCCAUUCAUCCUUACGUUAAGUUAUCACCACCUCCAUUCAUCCUUACGUUAAGUUAUCACCACCUCCAUUCAUCCUUACGUUAGGCUACUGCUGGACAGCAGAUGUUGUCUGGUGUGACUGGACUGAGUACUUUCCUCCAUCUCAACACCACAUGACAUCAUCCUAUAUUCCACGAUCUGUCUGCCUGCAGAAGGACAGCAGCUCCUGAUGACAAGACAGUAAUUCCAAUACAAUGGGAGAAGGAUGGAGAUGGUUGUGCCCAUGGUAGGCUCUUUGAUGGGAGAAGGAUGGAGAUGGUUGUGCCCAUGGUAGGCUCUUUGAUGGGAGAAGGAUGGAGAUGGUUGUGCUCAUGGUAGGCUCUUUGAUGGGAGAAGGAUGGAGAUGGUUGUGCCCAUGGUAGGCUCUUUGAUGGGAGAAGGAUGGAGAUGGUUGUGCCCAUGGUAGGCUCUUUGAUGGGAGAAGGAUGGAGAUGGUUGUGCCCAUGGUAGGCUCUUUGAUGGGAGAAGGAUGGAGAUGGUUGUGCUCAUGGUAGGCUCUUUGAUGGGAGAAGGAUGUUGAUGGUUGUGCCCAUGGUAGGCUCUUUGAUGGGAGAAGGAUGGAGAUGGUUGUGCCCAUGGUAGGCUCUUUGAUGGGAGAAGGAUGGAGAUGGUUGUGCCCAUGGUAGGCUCUUUGAUGGGAGAAGGAUGGAGAUGGUUGUGCCCAUGGUAGGCUCUUUGAUGGGAGAAGGAUGGAGAUGGUUGUGCCCAUGGUAGGCUCUUUGAUGGGAGAAGGAUGGAGAUGGUUGUGCCCAUGGUAGGCUCUUUGAUGGGAGAAGGAUGGAGAUGGUUGUGCCCAUGGUAGGCUCUUUGAAGGGAGAAGGAUGGAGAUGGUUGUGCCCAUGGUAGGCUCUUUGAUGGGAGAAGGAUGGAGAUGGUUGUGCCCAUGGUAGGCUCUUUGAUGGGAGAAGGAUGGAGAUGGUUGUGCCCAUGGUAGGCUCUUUGAUGGGAGAAGGAUGGAGAUGGUUGUGCCCAUGGUAGGCUCUUUGAUGGGAGAAGGAUGGAGAUGGUUGUGCCCAUGGUAGGCUCUUUGAUGGGAGAAGGAUGGAGAUGGUUGUGCCCAUGGUAGGCUCUUUGAUGGGAGAAGGAUGGAGAUGGUUGUGCCCAUGGUAGGCUCUUUGAUGGGAGAAGGAUGGAGAUGGUUGUGCCCAUGGUAGGCUCUUUGAUGGGAGAAGGAUCGAGAUGGUUGUGCCCAUGGUAGGCUCUUUGAUGGGAGAAGGAUGGAGAUGGUUGUGCCCAUGGUAGGCUCUUUGAUGGGAGAAGGAUGGAGAUGGUUGUGCCCAUGGUAGGCUCUUUGAUGGGAGAAGGAUGGAGAUGGUUGUGCCCAUGGUAGGCUCUUUGAGUUGUGUCUAUUGUUACAUUCCCCAGCAAGAAAACCAAAUAAUGUCGCUGAAACAGAAGGGGGAACUAACAGAAGACCAACAACCAAAACGAAACAGGUGGGUUUAGGAGGGGUUCUGAAAGGCACUCAUGGGGGUGUCCACUGGAAGAUGACUAGCAACAACACCUGGGACCUAAAAGACCCCCACCAUGAGACCCACCAUGAGACCCACCAUGACACCCACCAUGACACCCACCAUGAGACCCACCAUGAGACCCACCAUGAGACCCACCAUGACACCCACCAUGAGACCCACCAUGACACCCACCAUGAGACCCACCAUGACACCCACCAUGACACCCACCAUGAGACCCACUAUGACACCCACCAUGACACCCACCAUGAGACCCACCAUGACACCCACCAUGAGACCCACCAUGACACCCACCAUGACUCCCACCAUGAGACCCACCAUGACUCCCACCAUGACACCCACCAUGAGACCCACCAUGACACCCACCAUGAGACCCACCAUGAGACCCACCAUGACACCCACCAUGAGACCCACCAUGACACCCACCAUGAGACCCACCAUGACACCCACCAUGAGACCCACCAUGAGACCCACCAUGACACCCACCAUGACACCCACCAUGAGACCCACUAUGACACCCACCAUGACACCCACCAUGACACCCACCAUGACACCCACCAUGACUCCCACCAUGACACCCACCAUGAGACCCACCAUGAGACCCACCAUGACACCCACCAUGAGACCCACCAUGACACCCACCAUGACACCCACCAUGAGACCCACCAUGAGACCCACCAUGACACCCACCAUGAGACCCACCAUGACACCCACCAUGACACCCACCAUGACUCCCACCAUGACACCCACCAUGAGACCCACCAUGAGACCCACCAUGACACCCACCAUGAGACCCACCAUGAGGCCCACCAUGAGACCCACCAUGAGACCCACUAAAUUUGCCCAAGAAGAGGUAAACUAAAUUAAAACCCACACCAAACUUAAAGACAUCAGAUAAAGGAUUGGUUUUUAGAAAUCAAAUAGGGAGCGCCAACUAAAGGUGUUAACCCUCCACCUCUCUCAAGACAACUGGAGCGUUGGGCCAGCCACUCUUAAAACAACUUCUGACUAACGAGGUGACGAGCCAGCACAGGUGUAACACAUACUGACUAACGAGGUGACGCCAAUCGGUGCGCCACACAACCGCGAAAUAUAAAUGGCAAACCAAAGCCUGUAGCAUCCAUGCUAACACACGGACGCAAACAAGCGGAGUCAUAUCUUUAGUCAUAUUUCUCUUAAUGUAUGGCUCUGAGUGCCCCCCCUCCCCCACACACACAUCCACUCACUCACUCACACACACACAAUAUGGCAGAAGAAAGAACAUGUAAAUAACAUUGGAACACUAACUGGCUUAUCCACUCACUACACUAAUAACACUAUAAUUACAACACAAAACCAUACACAUCCAAUACAAGUUAAAAUAAAGUACAAAUGGGACAAGUUUUUAGGCUAAAGAUUACUUUACUAUUUUUAUAUUUCUAAUAUGGGGACAGACAUGAUUGACAUCAAUCAUUGCCACCGCAUCCAGAAUGACCUGUCUCUAGACUGCGCUACUCACUCAGUGGCACCGGUGCCGUUGA